AUGGCUUGGCCUAACUCCACUCUGGCGAAUAAUGAGGUUCAAGCCCGGGUCAGCCCGGGACAGGUCGCCCAGCCUGCUCGAACGAAAAAUGACAACUCACAAACUAAUUCCUUCUCAAAGAAUUCUCCAAAAUCCAUUAUACCUUUUCAAAAACCCACGUCCGUCAGCCCGACAUAAGCCCGACUGUGCCCGGUCUUAAGGGAGCCUGAACCAAAAAAGGCCGUCCGAAAGAGCAUCCUUUUUUCUUCGAGUCAGAUGUGAAGCGGUUUUACGACAAAAAUCUCAUUUUUAGUCGUUUUUAUCAUUUAAAAUACAGCUGAAACGGUGAUUUGAUUGAUAAAAAACUUUUGAUGAGCAAUUUUGAUCAAUUUUAGGAAUCUGGCCUGGCCUAACUUCACCCUGGCUCCUGCUCCAAAAAAUGAGAUUCACAGCCCGGGUCAGCCCGGGCCAGGGCGCCCAGCCUCCUCCGAACUAAAAAUGACAUCUCGCACACUAAUCCCUUUUCAAAAAUCCAUUACGCCUUUUCCCAGAAGUCCAAAAAACCCCAACUCUGUUCUUUAUCCAAUCAAAAUGCUCACAAAUAACGUCACAGUAUAAUUCAUCACAAGACCCUACAAAUCUGCAGAAAAAGCCCUAGUCGAGUGUUACAAAAGCCUUUUUUUGCAGUCGAAUUUGUAAUCUCAAAGUUCUAGGUUUUGCUUUGUAGUAACAACAUCUGUGCCCACGUCUUUGAUGAAAAUUCAAAGAUAAGGAAGUCUUAUUAUUAUUAUUUUUUGCAUGGAGAAGCCGAAGGGGAAAAAUAAUAAUAGGAGCUUGAAAAAGAAUUCAAUGAAGCUCGAAUCUGGAAGAAAAGGACCAAAAACACUUAUGGAGGUCUUGAAAAGACAUUCUAGCCGACUGGAAUAAAAAAAGUUAUUUUUUUAUGAAUUCUUUUUGAGCAGAUUGUCACAGGAUAAGGAAGGUCAUUUUACACAAAAAUUUGUCGAAAAUUUUUAAAUAUUCUUGUUUACAAAUAUUUGAUGACAGAACCUUCAAAAAAACGUCUCAAAUUUCGGAAAAAAAGGCGUCUCAGGGUUUCCAAAUAACAUGGUUACCGUUAAAACAGUUUUAUUUGAUUUCAAAGUGUCCUUUUUCGGAAAUUACAGUUUUGCAGAUUGCGUUUUCCGGAUCUUUCUCUAGUAAAUCAAAGAACUUUUUGAAAAAUUAUAAAAUAAAAAAAGUAAAAAAACCCCCCGAAAAAAAUUUUUCAAACCGAAUUUGCAAGAAAUUAUGAAAAAUAUCAAGUUGGAAGUCAUCAAUUCAAAAAAAAAAUAAAAAUGUACUCAGAAAGAAAUUUUUGAUAUCGGACAGAUCAUUGAAUCUCCAAGAAAACUACUUGAAAAUGUCUAAAAAAUAAAAAUCAAUCAAUCGAUUCCAAAUUUUGUCUCAAGGACCAAAAAAUCCACCUAAGCCUUUAAAAAAAUCAUCCCCGUUCAUCAAAUUUGCUCCGAAAAUCCAAAGAUGAAAGAAAUUUUAUCAAAAAUCAACUCUAACAGUAAAAAAAGUAAUGUAGUGAUAGAGAAAUUCAAAUCAACUAGAAAAUGAAUCGAAAAAACUUGACAUAUGACUCGGAGAGAACGUCGUGGGAAGGGGUGGAGGAUAUAUAUGAAUCAAAACAAAUUAGACGGGAGCUUCCGUUUGAAGAGUCACCUCGAAUUUGCGUCAAAACCUCGAGAUGUGAUUUUCGGACCCGCCGGUCGGCUCCCACGGGCAUUGGGUUGACCUUUUUUGGCGGAAAACCUUGGUUCGUCAAAUUAUAUCGGGUUGGUCGGUUAGAAAAGUGGUUGUAGUUCAAUUCAAUAGGAAAUCAUGAUAGAAUAAAUAAAUAUAAUAAUUAUUUUCGAAUUUCGAUAUGCAACCAAAGUUCAAAGGGGGAAUGAAUUUUCGUUUUGAAUCCUAACUCAAAAAAAUAAAAUAUGUUUCAAUUUACAAAAAAAGAACUAUACAGUGAACUUGAAACAAAUUAAUUCUUCAAAAAGCAAUUUUUCUUAUUGGAGAACCUUCAUAUUUAAAAAAAUUUUUACAAAAAAGAAGAAUCGAAGGUUUCAAAAAAAGAAAAAAAUGGAUUAUUUUGAAAUUUUUUUAGAAAGAUUACUUGUCCUCUACGAAUUUCUGGGCAAGGAUUGGUAUAUUUUAGAAAGGAAAAAGAUGGUUUUAAAAAAACCGGUCUUGAAAUGGCGAAAGAAAAAGAACAAAACUGAAAAAUUUUUUUAAAUCAAAAAAAUUUCAGUUCAUAAUGUUGAACCGAAAUCUAUGAGAUCAGCAUUCUAAGAUACCCAAAUUGAAAAAAAUAAAAAUUUACACGCUUAUAGCAACCACCUAAAGAGAAUUUUUUGCAAAAUGAUUUUUCACAUUUUUUUUUUUGCUUUAUCAUUGAAAAAUUUUUUCAAAGGUCAAAAAAAGAAUCAAGAAAAAAAGCGAAUUUCAUCUUUAUAUCAUAAAAAAGGCCCAUAACUAAAAUUUGCUCCAAUUAAUCAAGAAAAAAGCAGAAAAAAGGAACUUGGCGAGAAAAAAAGGUUCGUUUCUCCGUAUGUCUCGGGUGUUACUAUAUAAUUUGUGUGUUCCCACGGAAUUUGAGCCGAAAGUCUCCUUUUUUUUCUUCUUCUUCUUCGUCUUUUCUACCCCUCCAACGAUAAAUAAUUACUUCCUACCUUCUCCUCAUCCAGUUCAGUUCUUUGAAGAUUAUUCGGAAAAAAACAAGAGGAUUAUUAAAUUUACGGGUUGAAUGAAGAUAGAGAACGAUAAAAAAAUAAACUAAUAUAAUUAUGAAAAAUGCUUAUUUUAAUUAGAUAAUAACUUGAGAAACACUAGAAAUUUUUUUCAUCAAAAAAAAAAAUGAAAAUAGAAGCUGCAAUGACUCAUCAUCCCUAUGUACGUCACAAAAAGUCUGCGGAUUAGGCUCAAUUUUUUUUCACCCAUAAACAAAAAUUUUGCGGAAAACAGAUGAAAAACCAAAAACUCCAAAGGAAAAAAAAUGAAAAAAAAAUGAAAAAUGAGCCAAUGGAUUAAUUGGAAAAUGCGCUCUGUUGAGAAAUUUUGAAAUUACUUUUUUUUAGAGAGCUAACUGUACAGUAUUCCAGAAAAACUUUGAAAAAAAUAAAUUUGUAAAAAGCAUAUUUUUGUUCUGUAGAGCGCACGUGUAGUCACAAAAAAAUUUUUAAAUAUGUAUUUUUUUGGCCCUUUUCGAGAUUAUCCAUCUAAGCUGGGAUUUUGGAACAUUUCGACUCAGUAGAAACCAAUCCAUACUUUGCUUUAUGAUAGAAUCUAUGAAAAAAUCGGAAAUUUUUUGGUGUCUUCCCCUGAUUUUUCUUUUUUUCUUGAUCAAAAAAAUUCUGAAAAAAAUUUUUUUGUUUUGCAUUUCCUUCACAGAAUCAGAUGAAAUCGAAGAAUUUCAGGAUUAUUAAAAAAAUACACUAUUGACCUUCUAUAAAAAAGAACAAAAUUUGAUCGGAUUACGAAAAAAAAAAUCAGUGAAUUUCUGUAAUUAUUCACUUCGUGGAUCAAACUGCACUAUGGUAAAAAAUUUAUACCAUCUCAAAGGGACAUAUAACAUUUUCUGCUCAUUUUUUGGUUCUUACUGGCAAUGUGAAGACACUGCCAUCUCAGAAAGUGACUGAAAGGGGACAGAGCGAUUUUCGAAACACCAAAAACUAUAUUUUGCAAAAAGUAUAUUUUCCUUUUUUGACUUAACUGUUUUAUAGUUAUUAGAAACUGAUAGGACGAUCGAAAAAAAUGGAUGGAGCAAUUUUCGAUACACCAAAAAAAAACUUUUGCAAAACUUUGGGCUCAAGCUGAUAAUCUAUAGUUACUAACAUCUCAGAAAGUGACAAGGCAAACAAAAAAGUAUUUUUUGCUAAUUUUUCGGUUCCUACUGGUAAUCUAUCCAGACUACCAUCUCAGGAAACUACCACAAGAUCAUCGAAAAAAAGAUCAAACUUUGGGCGGAGAGAGUGUUGAUGCGGGCGGCCGUCGUCAUGGCCGAACGUUUCGAAACAGUUGGGUUUGGACCGGCCGAGGCAAAAACGGCGAGGCGACAGCAAGGGGGGAAAAAACCACCGGCGCGGCUUCUUCUUCCCCUCGAGAAGCGACGUAAAUGGGCGGCAGAGCGGCCGUUAAUCCUCUCUCGCCAACACCUCGGAAAGCAGUUUCGGCCAAGCGGUCACUCCGAAUUAUGCCACUGA